CUUGACAUUCUCCCCACUCACAUUACAAGUUGACAGCUACCACACAACGAGGCACAGUGGCUCCUGAGGACCAGAGGAAUAGCUGCCAUGGGCGACCCACUGGAGGUCAGUGACAUUUACCAGGAGGUCAAAUGGGUGUUUAGAGACAGUGUGCUGUCCAAGGCAGAUGUGAUCCAGGCUACUAGAGAUGCUGUGUGUAUCUUCAAAGAGCUGCAGUGUCUCACGCCCAGGGGCAGAUUCAGUCUAGAUCCACCCAUUAAACAGGGGCAGACACGUUACCACUUUCUCAUCCUGCUCUUCUCCAAGGAGGAGGACCUCAGCCUUUCCCUCAACAUGACAGAGUGUGAGAGAGAGCGAAUGAGAGAGAGAGAGACUGUGAGGGGAGGCAAUAGAAAUAUACGGGGAGAAGCGUUAUGGGGGGAAGCUUAGUAAGAACAUGUCAGGUUCCCUCUAUGAGAUGGUCAGUAGGGUGAUGAAGGCUCUGGUCAACAGGAAGAUCACCGUGCCAGGAAACUUCCUGGGUCCCAGUGUAUAACGUGUUCCUACAAAGCGUGGUCAGGCCUGCUCUAUCCUCUGUAGAGGGGUUUCGUCUACAUACACAAGCCCCCCCGUGCACCUGCGCUUCCCAGGAGGCCUACGUUGGACGACAAAGUGAACGUCUACUUCCUCUACUCCUUCUUCAUCCAUC